UUAAAGCCUUAACCGACAAACACAAAAAUCGGCGCGGCCGUGGUGCUUCAGGCGCAAUGCCAACGGAAUCUCGGUCGGUGGUGCUUGAAGAGCACGUUGACUCGGAGUAUGAGCCAACCGAGCAAGAGAUCUUGGAUUAUUCCGAAUGGCUUGGUAUGGACGUGGAAAAGGACAAGGAUCUCAUGUGGAUCGCUAGGGCUGGCCUGAAGGUGCCUUUGCCUCCUCCGUGGAAGCCCUGCACCACCGGAGAGGAAAGUGAAGUUUUCUAUUUCAACUUCGAAACCGGUGAGAGCGUGUGGGACCAUCCAUGCGACGAGUUCCACCGACUUUUGUACAAAAAAGAGAGGGCCAAGAAGCUUGGCCUGGAGUUUGAUGAGGCCGAACUGGAUACAGUUGCGGAACGCCUGGGACUUUCAACGAAAAGCGAGGGUGACGCGCUUGAUGAAAGCGGCAGCAUGGGCAGCGAUGGAGAUGCCAAGAAGAAAAAGAAGAAGGACAAGAAAGACAAAAAGCCCAAGAAAGACGAAGCCAAGUUAGAGGCGCCAAAGACACUUGCGCCUUUAAGUGCCAGGGCUGCAGGCCCCAAGCUGGAGGCAGCGGAGGUGGCCCAUGGAAUUGAGGCGGCGAGCCUCCCGUCAUCUGAGUCGAAGAUGUCUUCCAGGGAUCCCUCGCAGUCCAUCCUCAGUGAGGAUGCCGAGCAAAACGAGGCACCUAGACAAGUGAACAGAGAUCAAGAAGGGCCGCCCAAGCCGGCAGCGGGCUUGCCACCGCCUCCGAGUGGUGAGCCGCCUUCCGUAGCAGAGCCCAGAAGCUCCAGCGCAAGCUUGCAAGAGGAGAGAAGCAGGCUGGAGGAGCAACACGAGAAGAGCGUUGCUGCCAUUCAGGCGGAGCACAAAGCGAAGCUAGCGAAGCAUCGCCGGGAGCUACAAGAUGAGUUUGAGCUGGAAAAAGACCGAACCUUUUCUGAGCUCCAGGAAAAGCAUGAGAAGCAAGUGCGGGAAGAACGGGCACGAUUGCAGCAAGAGCUCGCGUCCAAGAAGAAGAAGACAAAGGAGGACCUCGAAAAGUUACUUCAAUCGGAGGAGGAGAUGCGAGGCAAGCUGAGCGAGGCGCAGGCGGAGGCAGAGAGAUGCAGGAGUGAGGCAGCGAGCGUGACGAGGAAGUGCUCCGCAUACGACGAAAGGGUUGCCAGGUUGGAGGAGGAUCUCAAAGCAGCGCGAAAAGAGAUCAGCGCGAGAAAGGAGGUGAAGGAGGCCGAGAGCCUCAAGGCGCAGCUUCAAGCUAAGAAUGAGGACAUCGACAGGAUGAAGGCAGGGGCGGCGGCGAACGUCGACCGCGUGGCGAAGUUGGAGGAGGAAAUGCAGCGACUUCGGACAGCGACGGCGGACAUCGAGGCGCUGUCCAAAGAGCUCCAGGCCAAGAAGGAGCAGUGCGGAGAUUUGGAGAAGCAACUGGAGGCGAAGAGCGCCAAUCAACAGCUUGAGGUGGCCGACCAGGCCAACGUGCUGCAAGAGAAGCUAACCCAGAGCCAACAGGAUCUGGAGCGAUCCAGAGCAAAGGUCGCCUCCCUCGAGGCCUCGCUGAUGAGUGAGGUCGAGGCGAGCAACAAGCUCCAGACGAAGCUCUCCGAGUCCCAGUCCGACCUGGCCAAGGCGUCUGGCAACGCGGCGCAAAUCGAGGAGCUGAGACGCGAGCUGGAUGAGAGGGUUCGGGAGCUCGAAGAAGUACGACGCUCGAUUGCAACAGAAAGGUGCGCAAGUGUCGAAGAGCUGCAAAAGCUGAAGACCCAAUUGGAGGAGGAGCAAAGGUCGUCUGCCAAAGCAACAGCUGGUUACGAAGAAGCUGCCCACGAGCUGACCACUCUGAAGGCGAAAGUGGCAGAAGAGCGCGACUUGUGCGAAGCCAACAAAGAGGAGGCAGCAGCAUCAGCGCAAGAGAUGAAGCGUGUGCAGGCUCUUCUGGACAAACAGCGCCAGUCGGCAGAAGAGGAGCGGGGCCGGCUGCAGGAUGAGCUUUCAAAGGGCAAAGAUGUGUACCAACAAGCUCAGGCAGAGAUUGAAGAUCUCAAAAAGCAGCUGACGGCUGCGCAGGAGAGCCAAGUCUGGGCUGAUGAGAUCAGGACCCUUAAAGACCAGUUGGAGCAGGCCAAAGCCGACGCAGACAGCUUGAGGGCCAGCCUGGAGACGAGGACACUGGAAUGUUCGCGCUUGCAAGAGCAAGCAGCGAAGACACCAGCCGCUGAUGAGAUUGCAACCAACGCCAAGUUGAAGGUUGAGGUGUCCACUUUGAAGGCCGAGCUGGACACGUGGCGUGCGGCAUGCAACCGCUUGAGCGAGGCCAGUGAGUCGGAGGUGCCGCGGCUUCAAGCUCUUCUUCAGGAGGAGAAGGCGGCCACAAGUCGCGCCAAGGCUGAGGCGGUCGAGAGCUUGGCGCAGACCAAGGCCCAGGCCACGGCAGUUGCCGCCGAGCUGGAAGUGCGAUCAAAGGAGUGUGGCCGUUUGCGAGCCGAGCUUCAGGCCGUGAGGCCGGGCGCUGCGCUUCCGCAGGAUGAGGUGAGGGAACUGGUUUCCCUUCGUGCCAAAGUGCUGGAGCUUGAGACAGAGGUGGCAACACUGCACCAGGCGAACAGAAGCAGCGCGAGCACCGAUGAGCACAAGCUCCGGUCCAUGAUCAAGGAUCGAGAUGACGCCAUCCUCCGAUUGCGCGCGGAUCUAGCCCACAAUUCGGCACGCCACUCACAGGAGAUCGAGGAGCUGCAGACAAAGGUGAAUGACGCCCGCCAAGAAGAAAGGCAGCGAAGAUCCGAUGACAAUGCAUAUGUCAUUUCCGAUCUCAAGGCAAAUCUGCGUGCACGAUCUUCUGAAGUGGAACAGCUCCACUCUGAGGUCAGGGCGAGCAAGAGCGAGCUGGAGCGGGUGCGUGCCGAAGCUCGACAUGUGGAGGCUCGCGCAGCGGCGCGAGAAAGCUCCAACAUCGAAGCCGCCAAGGCUGCCGUCACAGAUGAGUGGAAGCAAGAGGUGGAUCGACUCCAGGCAGACCUUCAAAGCCGAGCAACGGAGGCGUCUUUGGCCAAGGAGAAGGCCGAGCGGCUCGCACGCGAGGUGCGCCGUGUUCAGCAGGAGGAGGGUCGCACCGCCAAGGGUCAAGAGGCGCUGAGAGAGGAGCUGGAGCAGGCAAAGCAGGCGAGCAAGUUGGCGCAUGAAGAGGUGGCAGAUGUCGAGCGCCGCUGUGAGGAGGCACGAGCAGCGGUCAGAGCCGAGCGCUCUAGCCGUGGCCAUGCAGAAUCACAGGCCCGCGAGUACCAGCGGGAGCUUCGAGUGCUGAAAGCACAGCUGCAGGAGCAGGCAGCGGAGUCAGAGACGCUGCGAAAUGAGGUGAGGAAGCAGAGGUAUUUGCUGGAGGACCAAGAUGCAGAGCUCGCCCGCCAGGAAGCGCGAAGCUUGGAGAAGCGUCAGGAAGAGGACCACAUGGCAGUCACAGGCCUCCGCACGGCUGUGGAGCUCUCCCAGCUGUCUCCAGAUCUGGAUCUGGGAGCGGAGCACGAGCCAGAAGAUCAGACAAUGCAGCCCGAGAGCGACGCCGCGCUUGAGGAGGCCAGAGAGCUGGACGACGAAUCCCACAUAGAAGCCUUGGACGAGAUUGGUGAGGAGGUGCGUGAGAUACCUCCAGUGCCUGGAGAUUGGCAGCUGGCUUGGACAGCAGCUUUCACCACAAGCCAUGGCACGGCUCGUUUUUCCCGCGGUUGCCGGAAAUACCGGGCGAUCUCCAGCCCGUUGACCUGCAUUCCAGCAAGACACACCGUGGUCAGGUGGGAAAACACCAGUGAGAAGAAGUGCGAGGAGGCCGCUUCUCCGGGGAAGAGCGUUGAAGGCGAUCUGUGCGACAACUUCUCAGGGCAGGCAGCUGCGCUGCUGGAGGCAAGAAGGAAGGAGCUGCGACAAGAGCGGGCGAGUAUCUUGGAGCUUCGGCGGCAAUGGAAGCACGAUGCGCAGCGGCUUCGUUCAUCCAGUGCAUCCCGAGAGCAGGCGCUCUUGCAAGAGGCUAGAGCAGCACUUGACGAGCGAACCAGUACCUUGAACAGGGCCAUAGCCGAGCACCGCGUCAUCCAAGAAGCUCUUCGAGGUACACCUCGCCAGGGAACGGGCGCUGAGCGCUUCACAGCAGCUUGGAAGGCUGCCCGCGGGGACACCGGAGGAGCACCGAUUACUCCCAGGAGCCGGAGCAGUGCGUUGUCUGUUGCAGGAAAGCAAGAGCGUCGUGAUGCGUAUCCACUGAGCACAUAUGAGGACCUCAACGUUCUGCGUCGUUGGCAGCACAUCCUGGGGCGUGAGCCGCCCAGAAGGUCGCCGCAACUCGGAGGAGCAGCUCGCUCCACCUCGCCUUUGGCCAGUCGACGUAGCCGAAGCUCCCGGGAGGUGGACCACCACCUGAGUUGGUUGCAGAACUUCUCGCGCCAGGCUGCUCGACCGCUCACUGCAAGGAAUUGCUAUGGAGGCUGGUAGCCUGUCUGCACCAUGCAGACACACCAACCUGAGCGCGCAAGACCCGCGGGUCAGUUUUCAUGCUUGAGACUUGUUCUCAUGAAAUUAAUGCAAAUUACACGGUACGUUUAGAGGGCCGUUUAGAGGGCCGUUUGGCCUUUGAAGGGCCGUUUGAGACGCCAGAGAUAGGAGAAUUUGGUUUCGUGUCCUUCUUAGAAGGCCUGCUUGCUG